AUGAUGCUAGUGUGCAGAGUUGUAUGCCUUCCCCUACCCUUCUCUCUGGCCUUGCAGAAUGAACCCUGGGAACUGGAAAACCCUAUGCUGGCCCGGACUCUGAUGGAGGCAUUUCAGUUGGAUCCGGAAACACUUGCCAAUGAGGCUGCCGACCGUGCUGCCAACGUAGCCCGCGCCGCUGCCUCCAACCGUGCCGCUCGGGCUGCUGCCGCUGUUGCACGUGCCGCCUACAAUCAGGUGGUCGCUAGCCACCCGCUGGCCACAGACCAGGCCUCACGAGAAGAUACCCAGCCCAUGACAUACCUGGCGGAGGCUCAAGGAGGCACCCCUGACACAACCCUUGCUUCUCCGCGCAGCUCCCAGAUGCCAGUCAGCAGUGAGAUGGCCGCCUCUGGGGCUCCAGCAACCUCCUCACAGUCCCAGCCAUCCUCUCAGGCCCAGAAGGCUGCUACUGAGGGUCCUAGUACUGCCUGCGCUUCCUCUCAGGCUCUGUGUGGCAGUGAGGUGGAUGCCACCCGGCCCAAGACAGCCUUCCUGGGUCAGAACGAUGUGUUUGAUUUCGCCCAGCCGGCAGGUGUCAGUGGCAUGGCCUUCCCACGCCCCAAGAGACCUGCCCCUGCCCAGGAGGCUGCUGCAGAGGGCCCCAGCGCUGCCUCUGGGAUGCCCCAGGCAGCAGCAUAUGCCGGGGAGGGGGCAACCACCCGGCCCAAGACGACCAAGUCUGGGAAGGCUCUUGCUAAGACUCGGUGGGUGGAGCCUCAGAAUGUUGUGGCAGCAGCUGCUGCCAAGGCCAAGAUGGCCACCAGUGCCCCUGAGCCUGAGAGUGCAGCUGCCGCUGCUCAGAACAGUGCUGAGCCCUGGGCCAGGAUGGGAGGCAAGAGGACGAAGAAGUCCAAGCACCUGGAUGAUGAGUAUGAGAGCAGCGAGGAGGAGAGAGAGCCUCCUGCGGUUCCACCAACCUGGAGAGCAUCACAGCCCUCAUUGACGGUGCAGGCUCAGAUGGCCCCUCGGCCCCCGAUGGCCCUGAGGUCCCAGGUACCCUCAAGGCAUGUACUGUGCUUGCCACCUCGCAACGUGACCCUUCUGCAAGAGAGGGCAAAUAAGUUGGUGAAAUAUCUGAUGAUUAAGGACUACAAGAAGAUCCCCAUCAAGCGCUCAGACAUGCUGAAGGACGUCAUCCGAGAAUACGACGAACAUUUCCCUGAGAUCAUUGAACGAGCAACAUACACCCUGGAAAAGAAGUUCGGGAUCCACCUGAAGGAGAUUGACAAGGAAGAACACCUGUACAUUCUUGUCUGCACUCGGGAUUCUUCAGCUCGUCUCCUGGGAAAGACCAAGGACACUCCCAGGCUGAGUCUCCUCUUGGUGAUUCUGGGCGUCAUCUUCAUGAAUGGCAACCGUGCCAGUGAGGCUGUCCUCUGGGAGGCACUACGCAAGAUGGGACUGCGCCCUGGGAUGAGGCACCCAUUCCUUGGCGAUCUGAGGAAGCUCAUUACAGAUGACUUUGUGAAGCAGAAGUAAGUAUUGGCCGAGGUAACUUUGUCUCACAUUCGUGCCUUCCUCGUGUGCUGCUCUGGCUGAGGAAGCCAUUCCCUGUCCUAUAUCUUAACACUAGGAGGAUGGGGGCUCUUGGGGUGAGUGUGGGUGGGGGUC